GUCUACUGUUCCUGGGGAAUGCUCGAGGUUUACAUUACCUUGGUAUCAAAUUUAAGAUUGCAUCCAUCUGAGAAGAAGUCAUAAUUCUCAAAAUCUCCAAAAGGCUAAAACAGACUUCACUUCAUCUCUCCUUCAUAUCGACCACCACCCGUACUUGUGAACUGCAUUUGUUGCUCAACAGCCAGCCAAUGGUGCUUACCUUCCCCAGAUUAAUGAAACCGCACUUCUGUUCGUACAUGCCACUUCCCAAGAGUUGCAUUCCUUCACAGAUAGCUUGACUUGUUACUUCUCUUCGAUUUCAUACACAAUCAUUUUUCUACCCCUUUUGCCAAAAGUUUUACGACACUCACGAUUUUCAAAUACCACGACAAGCUUCGACAUUCAAUCUCUUUCCUCUCUACUCUCUAUUUGAUAUAGUGAUAGUGAUAUACACCCUCGGUAGCUGUUGACCCCACCAUACCGUACUGUUCACCGCGUUCCUAGGUCCAGGCCCCCGAUUCCCUUGUAUAAUUUGCUCUUCCGCAGAGUAAAGAAUCCGACGAAUUUCUUUCCGUUAUUAGUAUAUGAGACGAUAACGGGCAUAGCCUGACUCGUGUUUGAUAUCCCACCUCGGACCAUAGGCCAAGUCAAUUCACUUCCGCGAGGAUCCCUCCCUGGGUUGUGAGACCGACAAAAUAUCAGCGGGGUGCUCCCAGUAAAACCUGGACAACAAACCAACAACACAACCUAACACCAGAAGUGGUGUUGUCCCAUUUCUCUUUCCUAAUUAUAUCGAGUUUGAUUUCAAAGGAUGACGCAUGAGAUGAGUGGUGUCGUGGAUCCUGAGACUUUGUACACAAAGCAGAACUGCAUCGGUAUGUCUACACAUACUUUUAUAACUCCGUGCAGAGGCUCAUUUUUAUAGGCGGUGGUAGUUUUGGUAAGGUUUACAAAGGGUAUGUUUCCUUCAAUCCGUCAAUCGCGAAUCCAAUUCUUCACAUAGGCCAUGUACUGAUCUCCAGCAGAGUUGACAAGCGCACUGGGCAGGCUGUAGCAAUAAAAGUUAUCGAUGUCGAAAAUGCCGAAGAUGAAGUCGAAGAUAUUAUUCAAGAGAUCUCUAUUCUUUCCGAAUUACAUUCCCCGUUCGUUACGCAAUAUUAUGGAUCAUAUCUUAGAGGUUCGGAUCUUUGGAUUGUUAUGGAGUUUUGUUCGGGUGGUAGCUGUGGAGACUUGAUGAAGCCGGGUUUGAUACAGGAGGAGUAUAUUUCAAUUAUCAUACGGGAACUUUUACUGGGCUUGGAUUAUCUUCAUGGGGAUAAGAAGCUUCACAGAGAUAUCAAAGGUUCGCGCAAUUUUCCUCUGGCAGCUUGGUUUCAGAUCUGAGGAGCUAACGUUGAGGGGAUAGCUGCCAAUGUUUUACUGGGCGCCAAUGGACAAGUCAAGCUGGCAGAUUUUGGUGUUUCGGGUCAAUUGUCUGCUACCAUGACUAAGAAGAAUACAUUUGUUGGAACACCAUUCUGGAUGGCCCCGGAAGUUAUCAAGCAAUCUGGUUAUGAUCACAAAGCGGAUAUAUGGUCUCUAGGCAUUACAGCGCUCGAACUAGCCAAUGGCGAACCUCCAUACUCCGAUAUCCAUCCAAUGAAAGUUUUGUUUCUCAUUCCCAAAAAUGCUCCACCAAAGUUGGAAGGAAACUUUACAAAAGCUUUCAAAGAAUUUGUCGAAUUGUGCCUUCAACGAGACCCGAGGGAACGUCCGUCUGCUAGAGAAUUAUUGAAGCAUCCUUUUGUGCGAAGAGCCAAGAAAACCUCAUACUUGACGGAAUUGAUAGAAAGAUAUGAACGCUGGGCAGUACAUCAUAAGGGUGACGAUGAUGACUCGGAUAAUGAACGAGAGGAAGCACCCCCACCCAAACCUGUCAAUGAAGACUUAUGGGAUUUCGGUACGGUCCGACCGGUUGGUGGAAGAGUAAAUGGUAGGGUUGGGUUGAAUACUAUGGAUGAAUCUGCCACAAAUGCAAGGGCAUCGAGGUCGUCAUCGGACGAAGACAAUUAUGCAGAGCGUCCGCGACAGCAGUCGCCUUCGAAAACGAAAGAUUCUGGAUAUGUCUCAAGUAUUGAAACUGUCAAAGCGACAAACUCUCCUGUAGAUGCACAACCCAGGCAGCCUUCCCCACAGAGACGGCCUGUUCCAAGUAUGCAGACUCCAAUGUCCCCAACCAGAAUUCCUCUUCCAGCGUCACCAGAGAAGUUUAAGCCUCCAGGAUUGGAAACACCCAGAACGGUCGCGCCGACCUAUAUAAAUAGACAAGUUUCCGAAUCUCCUGAUUAUGAUCGUACAUUGCAAGAGCAACUUCAGCAAGAUAUGGGAUUUUUGAAACUCGGUGAACAAUCUCCUCCCCCAUUGCGAAUACCCCCGUCUACCACUUCAAAAUCAGUACAGUACACAAAUCAAAAUACACCACCUGCAGCAGUACCACGGUCAUAUACACAACAAUCACUACCAAAGCUCGCCCCUAUUAAAUUACCUGAAAUUCCUCCAUUCCGUGGCAGCGGCCAACCUCAACCACUACAACAAAGACUACCAAAUCAAGUACCUAAUACAGAGCCUCGGAAGCAGCAACAACAUCAACAACCACUUCCAUUACCACCUCAUCCUGCAGGGCUUCAAAACAUAAGUCUACGCCAGACAGGUCAGCAGCCAUUACCUGCAUUACCGUCAAAGAAAUUACGCAAUACUCCUUCUCAGGAAAGCAUUUCAUCUCAAUCUUCUAGAGCUCCAUCAUCUAUGCCUUCACCUGCCCCUACUAGCCCUACGGGAGAACUUGAUGCAUUGAACGAUGUGAUAUUUCCUGCUCUUGAAGAAGCACUUAAACGACGUCAGUAUCGCUUACAACAUGCUUUUCGGGCGACAGGAGCUACACCGAAGCAACAGAGAGCGCAAGCUGCUCACGAAAAAUUACGAAAAUUAGUGUAUAAGCUUGCACAUGUGUGCAAAGAAAUCGACCAUUGGGACAAGCAGGAACCAGUGGGUAUGGGGAAGGAUGUGGAUGUCUUUCUCGAAGGAUUAUUAGAAGAGAUUCUCGUCCGGGUUGAACCGGCUGAUGAGGAAGAUCUUGAUGUGAGACGAUGAAAUGCAAAGUUAUGAUUUGAAUGUAUGCUGCAUGAGGAAUGAAGGAAUAUGGUUAUCACGAUGAAUGAAUGGGUCGGUUAGGUACUAGCUGGCCUCUAUUAUAUGAGGCGUUGGUCGGCAGAAUUUGAUAUUCCAAGAGAGCAUGGAGUGUUUUAUGUUGAGUAUUCCAGCUUGCAGGAGAUUUUAUUCAUUAAUAUUAUAAAAUUGAAGAUGAUAACUCCAACCUUUUGUUCACGAGAUGCUCAGAUGUAAUGUCUGGAAUUUUUUUGAUGCUAAGAUAGAUGAAGUCGGAUGCUGUUUAUGGGAUAAGUACAAGUAUGCAUUAAAUGAAGAAGAUCGCUUAAUUAUUGCGAUGUCUCUAAUUCGGGGGUGGGGAUAGUUUUCCUGAUCAACAGCUCUUCUAUUACAGAUGUGUAUACACUAACGUGCAAGGGCAUGCUAGCAACUAUAUUGAUGGGGUAGCAUGUAUUUCUAAUAAGGGCUAUUGUAUUUUCGCAAAACAAUUAUGUUGUGAGGGUGAUACUCUAAUG